GAAUCCUUAUGGACCUUAUGUCACGAGUGCCCGUCUUGUGCGUCAUUUUAUUUGUUGUUCUAUUUUAGCAUUUUAGGCACAUUUUAUAUAAAACUUUAUUGUGAAAGAAAAACGAAACAGUAGUCAAAACUUUGCUUUGCACAUUGUCUACUAGCAAAUCUGUUUACAAUGACGACUGAACCAGAACCGACCGAUUUGGAUUGGGUGCAACUGCGCAAAGAUAUGGGAAGAUCGCAUCAUGGGGAAACGAUGAAAGAAAAAUUUUCAAGAAAAUUUGAGGAAAAUCCGUUCGUCCCUAUAGGCUGCUUAGCAACUGCCGGUGCAUUAUCAUACGGACUUUGGUCAUUCCGGCAAGGCAGAUCAAAGAUGUCUCAGACUAUGAUGCGUCUCCGCAUUGUAGCACAAGGAUUUACUAUUACGGCUCUCAUAGCUGGAGUAAUGUUGGCAGCAAAGAAAUGAUGUUUUUUUUAUUAUACUCUUGUCAGUACAGUCACAUGCAAAUUAUCUAUGCUUCUAACACACGAAACUACAUUUAGACUGAUAUAAUUAGAAUGAUAGAAUGAUAUUGAUAUGGUAUGUUUCAAAACCAGAUAUUGAAAACAUGAUGCGUCCUCUCUGGUAUUGGUUAUAGAGUCAUCCGAGUGAGCGCAAUAUAUUUUUGAGUAUGUUAGACUUUUUGCAUUAGACUGUACCGAAACAAACCAAAAAUUUAUGCAAAAUGUCUACAGAUAAUAUGAUAACUUUUGAUUGCUAAUUGUCUGUAAAUAUUAUUGCUAUUAGUUAUUCAAGUACAUUUUUAUUUUACAUAGUCUAAUAUAGGUAAAAACUGCAUA